GUGUAUUUUUACUUACUGUUUGAACUUGUUGUUACUGUUGUUACUGUAAGAAGUAAAUAAAAAUGUCUGGAUGAAACAAUUUUAAUAGCUUACACAAUUUAUAAAAUUUUAAAAAGUUAUAUUUUUUAGUAUACAAAAGAUUAUAAUUUUUAAAUAUUUACUAUAAAACAAUAUUGUAAAUAAAUUAAAGAUGAAAAUGAAAAUAGACGUUAAUGAUUUAUUUCAUGAUGCUAAAUCUAAUGAUACUUAUGUUAAAGUAUGCGCACCUAUGGUUAGAUACAGUAAAGUGCAAUUUAGAACUUUAGUGAAAAACUAUGGUGUUGAUUUAUGUUUCACUCCUAUGAUAUUAGCUGAUUCCUUUUGUCAGAAUGAAAAAGCAAGAACAAAUGAAUUUAUAACAACUGUUAAUGAUUCUCCAUUGGUAGUCCAGUUUGCAGCCAAUAAUGUUGAUGAUUUUUUAGAUGCAACCAAAUUAAUUUACUCCUAUGCAGAUGGAGUCGAUUUAAACUGUGGAUGCCCUCAGCGAUGGGCAAUGAAAGAUGGAUAUGGGUGUGCAUUGUUGUCUCAACCAGAACUUAUUCAUAGCUUACUCAGAACAGUUAGAAAUAACUUUCCGUCCAACUUUAGUGUAUCUGUUAAAAUAAGAAUUUUACACGAGUUAAAGAAAACUAUUACUAUGUGUCAACAGCUUGAAAAAUGUGGUAUAGAUUUCAUGACCGUUCAUGGACGUACACCAGUACAGAAAAGUGGUGAUAUGAUCAAUGUAGAUAGCCUAAGAGAAGUAUGCGAGACAGUAAGAAUACCAGUAAUUGCAAAUGGUGGGAUCAAGACAUUGGAUGAUGCAGAUCAGCUACAUAAAACAGUUAAAUGCAGUGGAGUCAUGGCUGCUAGUGCAAUAUUAAGCAAUCCUGCUUUAUUCAGUGGAAGUAAUAAGACCCCUUUUAGUUGUAUAAGACUCUGGAUGGACAUGAAGGAUAAGAGUGAAGAUAGAAUAACAUUCCAGUGCUAUCAUCAUCACUUAGUUUUUAUGCUUGAGAAAAUAUUGACAAAAAAACAAAAGCAAGAAUUCAAUAAUCUUGGCACAUUCGAAAAUGUUGACAUAUUUUUAAAAAGAUAUGUAUUAAAUUCUUAUGAUUAUAAUAUUUCACAUAAUAUUAACUGUGAUAUUGAUGACUAUGUAACAUGCCAUUUUGAUGAUAAAAUUACUACCAAACAUUCCAGUAAAUGUAGAGGUUGUAGUAAAAGUGUUUGUUAUUGUAUUUGUGAUAAGUAUGAUCAAAAUGCAACUACUGGAAAUUAUUUUUCAUCUUUUGUUAUAAAUAAUGAUGGUAUUGAAUAUAUGGACAGUAAUAUAUUUGAUGAAUAAAUAUAAUUGUUAAUAUA